GCUGUGCAUGGCUCUCUCUCCUGUUCUUCCCAGGGUGUGUGAGAGCAGCAGCAUGUUCUCUGCUCAUAGGUGACAAUGAGUAACCAGCGGCACCAUUUCCACAUGCAGCCAUCGCAGCACGACUAGGAGCAGCCUGGCCGGCGGAGCUGUGUGUGAGAGCAGCGGGCAGGGAGCGCUUUGCGGCGGCAGCGGCGGGGCUGUUCUUGCGUUGGGAUUGACCUGGAGCAGAACGGAUCGCUCUCUCUCUCAUCUUCCUUGAUUCGCAUCGCCAGCCCCGGGAAGCAGCAGCCAAGCCAUGAAUCCGGACUUCAGAAGCUGGGUGCUGGCCACUGUCACCUUGUUGGUGGUUUUCCUCAUCCUAGCGGAUAUCUCUGAGCUGGAGGAGGAGAUCGGGAGCACUGGAGGGAGCGGCACAAUCAGAUCAGCUGUGGGAAACAUACAUAGAAAAUCUAAUAGAGUGGAACUGGCACUUAAUGACUCGUCCACUUCAAGUAAUGAAAGCAUUAAGUACAGAACCAAACCAGUCCCAUAUAUAUGGAGACACAACCAGACACUUGCACUGAAAAUCAGAAAACAGAUACUGCAUUUUCUAGAUGCAGAAAGGGACAUUUCGGUUUUGAAGGGGACCCUGAAGCCGGGCGACAUUAUUCAUUAUGUUUUCGAUCGAGACAGCACUAUGAAUAUAUCUAAAAACUUGUACGAACUUUUACCGAGAACUUCUCCUUUGAAGAAUAAACACUUUAAGACAUGUGCCAUCGUUGGAAACUCUGGGAUUCUUCUCAACAGCGGCUGCGGAAAAGAGAUUGACUCGCAUGAUUUUGUGAUACGAUGUAAUUUGGCACCUGUUGAAGAGUAUGCGACAGAUGUUGGCACAAAGACCAGUCUUGUAACCAUGAACCCUUCAGUUGUGCAACGUGCCUUUGAGGACCUGGUCAAUGACACAUGGAAGGAUAAAUUCUUGCAGCGUUUGAAAAGCUUAAAUGAAAGCAUCUUGUGGAUCCCUGCAUUUAUGGCCAAAGGUGGAGAGGAAAGAGUAGAGUGGGUGAACGACCUCAUCAUCAAGCAUCAUAUUAAUGUGCACACAGCCUACCCUUCUCUACGACUUCUACACGCUGUUAGAGGGUACUGGCUGACUAAUAAAGUGCAUAUAAAAAGACCAACAACCGGCAUCUUAAUGUACACUCUGGCAACCCGCUUCUGCAACAGAAUCUACUUGUAUGGGUUUUGGCCAUUCCCCCGAGAUCUCCACCAGAACCCUGUAAAAUAUCAUUACUAUGACAGUCUAAAAUAUGGAUACACAUCUCAAGCAGGUCCACAUGCAAUGCCCUUGGAAUUUAAAGCACUAAAGAACCUUCAUCUCCAGGGGGCUUUGAAACUUAAUGUUGGCGAAUGUAGAGCUGCAACAUAGCACUUCACUUAGCGCAUGACUGCAUCACGAACACCAAGUUGGACAACAAUAGGAGGAAGAUAGUAACACAGUAUUUGUCCAAAUGUAAAAGCGUUAUGAUGGAGGAAUUGGUGAUCCCAAGUAGGAAAAAAAGGCCUUGUUGUGGAAAAGCUACAACUGGUGAACUGCAGCAUAUAGGAGACAUAGAGGUCUAUAGUUUUUAAUCCCAUCAAUGCUCAGAGACCCGGCACAUGCGGUACAAUUUCUAUGUCUUGUCCACGGUUCCGUCUGGAAAUGUUUCUUAUAAGCAAUCAUGUACUGAAAAUGAUCCGUUGUAUGAUUUUGUUUACAUUGUAACUGUCCCCCUUCUUUCCCCUUGAAGUUGCACUUGAUCUACAUUAGCAAAACAAGUGGUACUUGCACUUCUAUCACUUGAAAUGUGUGGAUCUUUGGAACACACAAAAGGCACUAAAAGACUGUUGUGGUAACUGAAAAUGAAGUAGGAACAUGGAAAAUAGGAAUUUCGAACUCAGUUUCUACCAAAUCCAUCGAGUACUGUUGCUUUAGACAAACUUGUGUUUGUAUCUAUAAUUGACUAUAAAUAUUUAAUGUGAAUGUCAGAACAAUCAUAGUGCAAACAUGCUCACUAUGUAGGAGUCACGCAGCAAAGGGGAAUGUAUGUUAUAGAUGUAUUGAAAACCAAGAAUUGUUCGUCCUGUACCAAUCACAAUGUAAUACACAAUAGAAUUAAUGUCACCAUGUCACAGACUUCCUGAAAUUCCUUCCAGAAUUUCUCCUGUUUCUGACAGUGCCCUUGGAACAUUUAAUAUUCCGUUUACACUACGUUGAACUUUACAGAGUAAUUCAGAUCUUUAGUUUAGUUCUCCAGCUGUUGCUGAACUAACCCCCCCUUCAACAUUUGCCAACAAUCGUAAGCUGUUAAGUGAUAUGAGCUGUUAUAUGGCAACAUGGUGUAGAGUCAUCAGUGGAAAAUCCCUUAUCUAAAACUUUCAACUGGAAUUGUAAAUGGAACUGUAGAAUAAUAGAGGAAUACACGUCUUAGGAGCAGCUUGUAGAGUAUGACUGAUACAUACCAGUCCAGAUGUUCAGUAUUUGAGGUUAUGCUUUAGAUAUCAGGUGUAGCACUAAUUAAUAUGACAACAUGUUAAACUGUCUAAUAGUUUCUGGUUUUCUGAAGUUGAUAAAUGUGAUCCUGGAUCCUUAUGGGUUUGGCUUAGUCUUGACCUGCUAUUUUGUUGUUUGUGAACUGGGUAGCAAGAGGUACCAUAAUUUAAAGUUUUGUAUAACUCAAGAUGCUUUGUAUUUGAUGCUCUUAAUAUCUUGGGACAAUUAAAGUCAACUAUAAAUA